AUAAGACUCACUGCCAUAACAUAAGCUUGCACAGAAGAUAAUGGAGUACUAAUGAGGGGAGCAGCAAUUAAUGAAUACUUAACUGCAGCCAAUAAUAUGGUAUGGCUUUUACUAUGACGAGGUUGUGGAAACAUUGUGUAAGGCAACAAUUUGUGUUUGGUUGCUUUCUGCUCGUGUUUAUCAGCUUAUAUUGGGAGAACUAAUAACAAAUACUCAGCAACAUGUGCAAAGAUGUGUGAAAAGUUCAAAAUUAGGACUGCAACUAAAGAUACUAAUUAAGGAUUAAUUUGUUGCUUGUUUUUUUCAUUCAAUUAAUAAAAUGUCAUAAAAUAAUGAUAAAUUCCCAUCACAAUAUCCCAGCACCCAAGGUGACCUUUUCACGUUGCUUGUCUAACGAACAGUCCAAAAAAACAUCACAUUUAUAAAACCUCAUUUGACAGGCUGAAACCAGAGGAUGAUUGGCAUUUUCGCUUAAUAAUUACAACUUUUCUGUCGACCGACUGUUUCAGCUCUAAAUCUCAAUAUUUAUUUGGUGACAAUUUGAUGCCUAAUAUACCUCAACUUUUGCAUUAACAUUAAGAUGAGCUCUCUCCUUUACAUUUUUUUUCUAAUGAAAAUGUACUCAAGUAAAACCUAAUCAUGUUUUCAAGAAAGAAAUUGAACUAUAUAUUAAGAAAAUAACUUUCAACAAAAAAGGCUCUUAAAACUGAGACUACUUCAAAUGUAAUGUUUUUACUAGUUACUCCUGGUAUGUUUUAUUUAAUUUGUAUUCCUUCUCAUUUGCUUGCAUACAUCUUUAUUUAUUAGUAUAAUUUUAAAUAUUACUGUUAUUGUAUUGUUGAUAAUUAAAAAAACUAAACAAAUGUCAACAUUUCCGACAGCACUUGAAGGCAGCGUGAGUAACUUUCCGACAGCACGUGAAGGCGUCGCAUAGCUAGCCGGCUAGCUUAGCAUUUAGCUAGCGACGAUAAUUUGCGAAUCAUGCCUAUGCAGCUACAAAACAUUUAACUUCUGUGUCCAUGUCUGAGUAAAUUACGACCGCUGACUUAACAAACACUUCGUGAACACAGACCACCACAGAUGGAGGUCAGUGAGUACGUUUUAUCUGCGGGUAGGGCCGUGCUGGACAUGGUGGAGCGGGAGUGGCAGCCCCUGUCUCCGGGAGAGCUGGAGCAGCGGCUGGACCAGGCGGUGGAAGAGGUCCUGGAGGCUGACCUGAUAUCGAAACUUAAAGCUCAGCCUCCUCCUGAUAUAAACGUACAGUCAUUGCAGAGUCAAUGUAAUGUGCAGAGUCAAUGUAAUGUGCAGAGUCAAGGUAAUGUGCAGCCCCCAGUUUUACAAACGACAACUUCCAGCAGCCGUCCCCCACAGGAAGAGACACCAGAGCCCCGGGACGCGCUGGAGACUGUGGACGAUGCUGCAAUCAAGUACAUAAGAGACCUGCUUCAAAACUCCAAAUCAAGGGCUCGAAUGGCUGGACGGGCUCGCUUGUCCCUGUCCCACACUGUCCUGCUGUCCCUCACUCUGCUCUCUGAGCGCCUCAGCUACCGCUCUGUGUCGCGCCGCUUCCACCUGGAGAAAGGGAACAUCCACAGGAUCUUCUUUUCUUUCUGUGAGCGCGUCAACACGCUGGAAGAGAGGCACAUCAGGUGGCCAGUCGGCGGAGAGGCUUUAGAAGCCCUUUUCCCACUUUGCAGUCCAGAGGAGCAACAGGAAGAGCAGCCAGGUGUCCCUCGGGUCCUGGGAGUGUUGGGACACACCCGUAUCCCUAUCCGCCUGCAUAUAGGGAAACAUGAUGUGGAGAGCACAGUGCCUGAGGUGAAGAGGAUGAAAAAGGAGGCUCAUCCGGAUUCCUGGCUAAACCUGCAGCUCGCAUGCGACCGUAAGGGCCGGUUCCUACACUGCAGCAUCAGUAAAGGAUCGGACAUGGACAGAGGCGGCGCUCUGAGAGACAAACUCAAACGGCAUCCUGAAAUGAUGCCCUCUGGCUCAUGCCUCGUGGCCAGAGCCGGUUACCCGCUCUCUGCUCAGAUUUUAACUCCAUACUCAGGAAGUUACGGACCAAGAGAGGAGCACUUCAACAAGACGCUGGAGGAGCAUCUUCACAUCCUGGAUCGGGCUGUUGCAAACCUGAGAGCCAGAUUUCAAAGGCUCAGGUAUCUAGAUAUCGGAAACUAUGAUCGAGCGAGAGCUGUUGUGCUGACCGCCUGUGUGUUGCACAAUGUGUUUUUGGACAUGGGACAAGUGAUUCAAGGAGACGUUGAGAAAGAGGAAGCCACAACCCCAGAGGGAGAUGGGGAGGUAGAUGAGGAGGGUGUACACAGACGUGACACCAUCUCAGAUUUGUUGUUUAAAAACUUUGAUUCUGGAAGCUCAUAAUGUGAUGGUGUGGUGGGAAACUUGUGUGCAUAGAUGUAAACAAACAGUUCUAUAAUAUAAAAGUUUAUUUUAACCUGUA